UAGUAAUCAACUAACCAUUAGUGUGCACAUUUUUCUCAACAGGCUAAGCAAAAUCCUGUUCACAAAUAUGUGUUAUAAUAUGCCAAUCUAGCGAAUAUAGUAAUUUUUUAAAUACCUUUAUGAGGUAUUUAUUUAACAUACCUACACUUUUUCACGAUAUUCUCAGUAAUAUGGAUGAUGGAAUCCUAUAUCAACUUCUAUGAAAAAUCGAGUCACAAGUCCGAUCAGUUGAUCCGUGAAUUUGUAUGCGAGAGCAAAAAAAUUGUGUCAUUAUUUAAUUAGUGAAGAUCGUUUUCUCGCCCAACACAAAUUCUAUAUCAAUAAAAUACCUAUUAUCUAAGCACAUCUAUCUCGCUCUCUAUCGUACUGUGUGUGUGUCUAAACACAUAUUUCAAUACAAUAAAUUCGAAUCGCAUAAUUCUAGUUUUAUCCGAUCCGAACUCUAAUUUUAGGUGUAGCACUUAAGUAUUGAAAAUUAGAAAUAUAUAGUCUGCCUACAGUAUAAAAAAUAAUAUAUAUCUACGAGUCUGACGUCGCUUUACCUGCCUGUGUAAUUGUGCCUGAAUAAAAGUGAGUAUCUGACUGUAAAAUCGAUUUUACAUUCAAUUCGAAUGCAACGAGGUAAUGAUAUUUGAAAUUAGUUAUGUUCUUAUCUUUGAUGAUGACAAAAACUGCAAUUACUAAAGAAAGAUGCUGAGCGCAUUUGUUUAAGAAAACUUGUGUAAAAAUAAGGACAAAAAUUAAAAAGGAUGACAAUAAUGCUAUUGAGCUCAAAAGUGUUAAAGAUCUGUCUCAUAAUGUCAUUAAUCCUAUCCGCCACAUCAAAUAAAGAUGAUACCCUUGAAUCUAAAAGUAUUGAUAGUACUGGCGACUCCCUCGAAGACAAAUCAUCUCACGGUAGUAGGUUAGAAUUGGACCUAACGGGUACGCUGAGGCAGACGUUUGUCUAUCACAUGGGUCUAAUGGACACCCGCACAAGCGCUGUUUGUUCUCCUAUAUCGGCCCUCUUGCCCCUGGGCAAACUGGCCAUGGGCUCAAGCAGUAGAAGAUAUGAAGAGUUCAAACAGGCUGUAGGAUAUAGACGAAGCAAGGUUGUCAGUAAGUUCACGGCCGUAAUGUCAAAACUGAACCAUAUAUCUGGUAGAGUGCAGUUGACAAUAGCAAGUAGAUUAUAUGUAUCCAAAGACUACAGUUUGAGAUCUUCAUUCCACGAGCGUGUGAGGCACAUAUUCAAGUCAAGUUGUGAACGGGUCGAUUUUAGAAACGGUGUUGAAACAGCUAAGAGCAUUAAUAGAUGGAUACAUUCGGAAACAGACGGAGUAAUCAAAGAUCUAAUAAAACCUGGCGAAAUAGAUAAAGAAACUUCCCUUCUUAUAACAAACGCCAUCUAUUUUAAUGGUCGAUGGAAAGAUAAAUUUAAUGACAUCCACGAUGCCGUAUUUUACACUCCAAGUCGAGACAAACUUGUCAAAUUGAUGUCAAGAAUAGGAGAUUACAAUUACGUAAAAAGCGACAAGUUACACGCUGAGAUUGUAGAAAUUCCGUAUUCGGGCAACGAUGUGUCAUUUAUUGCGGUACUACCAAAUGAAAGACAAGGACUGGCGUCGGUGCUGCGUAGCUUGAUGGACUCGCCAAAACGUUUAAACGAAGAAAUGUCGAAAAUGAGACAGCAACGUAUGAGUGUCUCCAUCCCGCGGUUCAAAAUUAAAUCAGACCUUGAUUUGGCGGCUUUAUAUUAUAAGAUUGGUAUGAAAGAUAUAUUUAAAAAAGACAACAAAGUAUUGACCAAGGUGUUAAAAAAUCAUCGUGUACAUGUGUCGAGAGCUGUUCAUGCGGCGGUCAUUGAAGUCGACCAGUACGGAACUGAAGGUGCUUCCGUAUCAGCUAUACAAGUAGUGGCAGUAUCUGCACCAUACGUUGAGAGACGAUUCAGAGCCGAUCAUCCAUUUCUGUUCUUUGUGAUCGCUAAUGAUGAACAGUUGUUUGGCGGUAUUUACACCGGCGAAUGAUUAAUUUAAAACCUAAUAUAAUAUCAGGAAAUGUUUUUUAUUAACAAUGUUUGGAGUGGAUUGCACCAGUCGACUUUAACAUUAACUUCGACUUGCGCCAUUUUGUCUAAAAGUCGGUUGUGCAGGUUAAAGUCAACGUCAAAGUAGACUGGUGCUUCAUCCUAUGUCUCACUGGGCAAUGAUUUUGUUAUCUUUAAAGCUCCUAUUUAACAUGAAACUAGUUGGACAAAAAUCCCUUUAAAAUUUUCGCACUUCUUUCAAUACACAAUAUUCUUUAGACCUGCCCCAAGGUUCCUCUUGCCUAGUUCCAUUUUAGCUUUGCAUACUUAUAUCAUAUGUAAUGUAGUUAACACAUAAUUGGGA